AAAUGAUGUAACAACAGCAAAGUCUUGUCUAAGAUUCAAGGUCUUUCUUCUUUUUUUUUUUUGUUUGUUUAGAAACAAAAAUGGAAUACUCUGUGUUCUAUUCUUUGGCACUUUGUUUGGUUGUUUUUGGAGUGGCAAAAGCUUUUCAUUCUAUCUGGUGGAAACCGAAAUUAGUGGAAAGACACUUGAAAAGACAAGGAAUUAGAGGGAAUGCCUACAAGCCUUUGGUUGGUGAUGCCAAAGAAUAUGUGAGGAUGAUCACUGAAGCAUGGUCCACUCCUAUGAAUCUAGAUCAUCAAAUUGUUCAACGUGUCGACCCAUUCACAGCAGUGAAUGCUAAAAAAUAUGGGAAGAUAUCUAUGUGUUGGUUUGGGACAAGUCCGAGAUUGAUAGUAAAGGACCCCGAGAUGAUGAAAGAAGUACUAAUGAAUAAGGUGGGUAGUUUUGAGAAGCCACCACUGAGUCCACUUAUUUUGAAGCUGACGAGAGGAUUAACUACUCUUAAAGGGAAGGAAUGGGCUAAACACAAGAGGAUCAUCAACCCUGCUUUUCAUCUUGAAAGGCUCAAGGAAGUUGAGAGAAUACUAAUAAAUGUUUUGUUGACGAAGAGAAUGAUGCCAGCCUUUAAUAUAAGUUGUAGCAACAUGAUAGAGGACUGGAAGGAAAAGGCUGCUAAUCAAGACAGUGUUGAAGUGGAUGUGUGGCCUGAACUUCAGAGACUAACUGGAGAUGUUAUAUCAAGGGCUGCCUUUGGCUCCAACUUUGAAGAAGGGAAGAAGAUCUUCGAACAUCUCAAACAACUCACUCUUCUUACUCUAGAAGCUAUGCAGACAAUGUACCUUCCUGGUUUCAGAUUUAUUCCAACAGCAAAGAAUAGGAAGAGAGAGAAGCUGAACAAGGAGAUCAAAACCAUGAUAGGGAGUUUAAUUCUAAGAAAAGAAAAUUCCAUGAGCAACCAGGAAGACAAUGUUGAUGACUUGUUAAGCCUGCUCUUGCAGUCAAAGAAGAAAGAAAAUCAACAAGAAGGAGAUGAACUGACAAUUGAAGAAGUGGUGGAGGAAUGCAAGCAGUUCUACCUUGCAGGGCAGGAAACAACAGCAAGCUUGCUAAUAUGGACAGUCAUUGUCUUGGCCAUGCACUCAGACUGGCAAGAAAAGGCUAGGCAGGAGGUCUUGCAAAUUUGUGGGAAGAAUGAACCAAGUUUUGAAUCUUUAAACCACUUCAAGAUUGUUACCAUGAUACUCUAUGAAGUCCUGAGGUUAUACCCACCAGUUAUUGGUCAAUAUCAACAUACUUAUGCAGAAGUAAAGAUAGGUGAAGUUUUAAUACCAGCUGGGAUUGAUGUUACUUUACCUACACUGCUUAUUCACCACGAUCCUGAGUACUGGGGAGAAGAUGCAGAACAGUUCAAACCAGAGAGAUUCGCUGCAGGAGUUUCGAAGGCAAGCAAAGAUCAGUUGGCUUUCUUUCCCUUUGGCUGGGGACCUAGGACCUGCAUUGGACAAAACUUUGCCAUGUUAGAGGCUAAGGUCGCAUUGGCUAUGAUUCUACAGAAUUUCUCUUUUCAGCUUUCACCUUCUUAUGCACAUGCUCCCCAUACUGUCAUGACUCUUCAACCACAGCAUGGAGCUCAGCUGAUACUUCACCAACUAUAGAUUGUAUGCUACUGAAGUAUCAUCUUUGAGGGAUGAAUAAAAUGUUUAACAUUUCACAAGCAGAAGAACUUCUGCAAAUCACCUAGCCUGUUUUGUGCUAUGUUUCCCUUUAGAAAGAAUUGGUUUAAGAAUCUACUAGUCAAAUGAUUUCUUUGUAAAUAUGUUGUUUUCAUUUUAAUGAAGAAUCGUGCAAAGUGAGAAUUUUUUUGUGCCCA